AUGAAGGAGGAAGAGGAGGCUCAAAAAAGGCUGAGAUACUUCCUUUUGGAGAAAGGAAUUCUCAAAUACUCAAAGACGCAGCAAGAUAUUCAGAGAGGGAAGCUCCAUGGCUCUCUGGACGUCAGCCUGGCUGUCAUGUCCAUCAACAAGAAAUCCAAACGCAUAGACCUGGAUGCUGGAGACAACCUCUACCACCUAAAGGCAAAGAGCCAUGACAUCUUCUACAUCUGGUUGACCAAGCUGUGUGCCCAUCGUGUAUUUAGGAAAAAUGAGGCGAUGAGUGUCCAUCGUGGCGUCCUUCACGCACUCUCCAUAGGCCAGAGUACCCUGCCUGCCAUGGCCACUCUGGCCCAGAAAAACCGAGCAACACCUCCUCACUAUGCCAGCUCAGCCUCAGUGUACCAACCAGAGAUGCGAAACCCAGCCCCUGCCAUCGCUUCCCACCCAGGGGUGACCAGCAAGGUGUCAGCCUGGCUGCAGCAGACCCAUGACAUUGAUGCAACCUCUAACGACCUGGCUCGCUGCCAGGCAGAGCUGACAGAACUGGCUCAACUCAUUCAACGACUCAAUUGGCUGGAAGGAGGCCUGCCAAUCACAAACACAGACCUGGAGAUGCGAAUCAGCAUGCAGAAUCUCUCCCUUGAGAAACCCAAGAAGAAGACGGGAAAAGUGUUUGGUCACUCCAGGACUUUGUCCCGCGUUGAAGCCAUGGGGGGAAUGUUCACUUCCAGCCAUCUGAGUACCAAUAGCAGCUCUGGUUUGGGGGCGUCUGUUCAGUCUAUCCCUGACUACGUCUACUCUCAACUGUCCAACCCACAGGUUUCCUCACCUGAGGCCAGGAAGCUCCACCAGGACAUCUGCACUGUUUCCCAGAGGGUUCAUUCUUCACUCAGGUCCAUUUAUGAGGUUUUAUCCUUUGAGAGAGAGAGACUGAGGCAGGCCUGGACCGGCCCAGACCUGAGGCAGAACACCUCACAGCAGCUUGCUACACUGUGCAGCACACUGUCUGAGUAUCGACCUGCAAAGUACAAUGGGGGGCCAAGCCCUCGCUCUGUUGGUGAGGUGCUGUGUGAAACUGUUGAGCAGCUUGACAUACAGUCACGCCUGACCAAAGUCCACUCAUUUUCCCUGUCCUCUGAUUCUACUGAGGAAUCCUUCUACACUGUCCGUCCGGACCAGAGGACACCAUCUACGGGUCGUCACAGUCAUCGUGCGCCCUCAGUGGCAGAAUCCAUGGCAGAGUAUUUUGACGCCAGUGAGGUGAUCGUGUGCGAGAGCUCAUCAGAGGCCGAGGCUUCGGAUGAGUCAGGCCUGAGUGACAUCACCACCACCAGCAACUCAGAGCCGGAAGAGGGACACACCACUGCCGCCCUCAACUACAGAGCCAGUCUGAACAGCGCUACUGAGAAACCCAGCCCCGUGCCCACUGAUACUGGUCGUCGCACCACCCUCCCUGCCCCAGGAUCAGACAACAGCCACAUUGGCAUCAUGGCCAUCCUGUACAACAACAUUGGCAAGGACCUGUCCAGAGUGUCCAUGCCAGUUGCUCUAAAUGAGCCACUGUCUUUGCUGCAGAGACUCAGUGAAGAGCUGGAGUACUCUGAGCUGCUAGACAUCGCCAACCAAAUUGACGAUCCAUAUGAGAGAAUGGUUUACGUAGCAGCAUUCUCCAUCUCUGGCUACGCCUGGGCAUCCUGGAGGUAUCGCUACAAACCCUUCAACCCUGUUCUAGGAGAAACAUACGAGAGUCACAGAGAGGACCGAGGCUUCAGUUACAUCAGUGAGCAGGUCUGCCAUCACCCGCCAAUCUCUGCCUGUCACGCUGAGUCGGAAAACUUCAGUUUCUGGCAAGAUCAGAGAUGGAAGAACAAGUUUUGGGGGAAAUCAGUGGAGAUCAUCUCUAGCGGACUGGUCAAUGUUAACCUGCCCAAGUACGGUGAUCACUACGAAUGGAACAAGGCAGUGACAUGUAUCCACAACGUGCUGAGUCAGCAGCGCUGGUUGGAGCACUAUGGUGAGGUGGUAAUCAGAAACACAAAGAGCGACAUCUGCACCUGCAAGAUCACCUUUGUCAAGUCUCGCUACUGGUCCUCAGAUAACAGUAAGAAUGAGGUGCAAGGUGUGGUUCUGGACCAGGCUGGAGAGGUGGUCCAUCGCUUUGGAGGCCUCUGGCAUGAAGGCAUCUUCUGUGACACCCUUCCUACACCAAAGUGCAUUUGGAAGCCCAAUGUGCAACCUGAUGACCACUUCGAGUUCUAUGGCUUCUCACGUUAUGCCAGAGAACUAAACGAGCUCACACCUGACUUGAAAGCUGUUCUCCCACCUACAGACACACGCUUCAGACCAGACCAGAGGCUUCUGGAGGAGGGGAGGGUAGCAGAUGCAGAUAAAAAGAAGGACGAGGUAGAGGAGAAGCAGAGGGAGAGGAGGAAGGAGAUGGCCAAGAGAGGGGAGGAGCACAACCCCAGGUUUUUCUGGAAAGCUCUGGAUGAGGCCGGCAGAGAGGUGUGGCUUUACAACGGAACCUACUGGAAGCUCCGCAAAGACCCGGGUUUCUCCAACACUGAAAACCUGGACCUGUGGUAGAACACCUGGCUUAAUGCUGAGGCUGAAUGAAAUCCGCCAGGUGCUAAACACAUGGUAAUAUGUUAAAGAUGAAUAAUGUGCCCCUCUAUUAGUAAAAAAUGAAUAAUUGUACUCGUGUUAAUCCAGUAACCUACGAAGUGAAGUGACUUGUGAACACACGUACAGAGGCCUGCUGCUACCAUUACUACAAGGGUGUAGAGGUGAGGAAUGUUUGAAAGGACACAUGAACCUCUCAUUGGGUUUUUUGUGCCA